GCGCACAGCCCAGAUUCCAACAGUGCAGGAGUUCUAAAAGCACAAGUUCGUUCUGAGAACAUCACAAACUUCAGGCACACUCUGCAAACAUGGUCGAGAGCUUUGUCGGGACGUGGAAGAUGGUUUCCAGCGAGAACUUUGAUGACUACAUGAAAGCAAUCGGUGUCGGGUUCACAACCCGUCAGGUGGGGAACCGCACCAAACCCAACCUGUUAGUAUCGGUGGACAGUGAGGGGAAUGUAUGCCUGAAGUCACAGAGUACGUUCAAAACCACUGAAGUCAAGUUCAAACUCAACGAGCCCUUUGACGAGACCACGGCGGACGACAGGAAAACAAAAACCGUGGUGACUCUGGAGAACGGGAAACUUGUGCAGAAACAGAGCUGGGAUGGGAAAGAAACGAGUAUCGAGAGAGAGAUCACCGACGGGAAACUGAUAACGAGAUGCGUUAUGGGAGAGGUGGUCGCAGUGAGGACAUACGUGAAGGAGGCAUGAUUGGCUCCUCUGGACUCACUCCUCUCAGAAGCGCCGCUGGACGACAGGCUCAGUUCAAUGAGCACAAGAGUCAGACUGAAGUAGCAGCGUCUUCUUGUUUUCUUUAUACUCUCUCUCUCUCUCUCUCUCUCUCUGUGUUGCCAGAAUCCAAAUUAUUUUGCUCCUGUUCUCCAUCAUGAUGCAUUUGUUAUGAUUUGAAUUAAAAAAAAAUAGGAGAAA